UGGGUGCACCACAAUAUCAGACCAGACUUUUCCUCCACUUUCUUUCGGAUGUCACGCAAACUCAGUCGCAGGCAGCCGAACCAAACUUCAGUUUAUUCGCAACUUUGCAAUUGUCAAGCAACAUGUGGUCGUCGUUCCUCUGCUGCUUCAAGUGGCUCAAGUUCUCCAACAAGGCCAAGCGUUCAGGUGGCGUCAGACAUGACCCAGGAAAGUAUGGUCACUACAGGGGCGGCCCAUCCCAGGGUGCUUACAAAAGACGGAAAGUCUCAAGAAUAGCUGGGACGAUUUCCAUGGAGGAUGUGCGGGACGAGGGCAUCAGCCCUAGCAGCAGCAGGAGUGGUAUCAAUUCUCCCGACAGGUCCAGAGCUGCCUCCCCAGUUCAUGGUGAGAGUGGAAGUCGUAACCACGGAACCGCAAACACUUUGUUGACCGUGCCAAUGCGCGGCAUGGGCAAAAAGAGGUUCAUCACGCCUUCACUCGCCGCCUCAACCCCGGAUUUGCGAACGGCGCAGCAGGAAGAAAUGAAACAUCAGUUUGACGAGGGGAAUUUAAAAGACAACAGUUGGCUGUCCUCUCAAAGCAUCACCAAUUUGUCUUCUAAUUAUGAAAGGAAUAUCACUAGCAGGUCUAAUUCUCCUGUAAGAGGAAAAAAAGAUAUUGAAGUUACAACGCACAAAGAGAAAUUAUAUAACACUGAAAGCUCUGCUUCUGCUUCGGUCAGUGAAUUACCAGAGGCCGACCAAGAUACAAGAAAGGCGCGUAAGAGAGAUUUCCUCACCUUGCCAUUUCAACACCUCAAGAGCAAACUUUCAAGUUCAACACCAAAUUUAGCAAAAAAUAAGCAAACCGUUGGAAGCGGAUCAAAUUUCUUUGUUGAAAAUGAGCCCGAGAGGGACCCGGAGGAGAGCGCCUGUGUGGCAAAGCAGCACGGACUCAACUUGGAAAUGUACCUGGCCGAGCAGCAAACAAGUGAUGCUUCACCGUCGCCAAGUCCGACCAAGAAAUUUUCUUGUAUUACAGAGGACUAUUCUUUUGGCUCCAUCAUUUUGACGCCCGGAUACCAGCACGGACAGUUGAAGGUUGCAAUAAAAAAGAUUCAGGGUUUGCCAUUCAAGGGGAAGAAGCCGCUGCAGUACUCUGUUCUUAUCAAGGUCCAGGUCAUGCCUGAGAAUAAAAAGAUUCCCAUUCGAUAUAGUGGACACAACGUUGUCAAAAUGUCCCCAAAUCCAAUCAUGGACGAAGAAUUCAUUUGGAAUGGGGUCGCCAUUCUGGACAGCAGUUUUCUUCGAAUCUCAGUCUAUGAAAAGGGCAGGCAGGAGAGGUAUGACGCAAUUGGUCACGUCUUGUAUCCCUUGAUACAGUCUGACUUGAUCAAGUUCAAGCAAGUCAACAGUCCCUUGAGAAGAACAUCUGCACCUUCUCAGAAUAGAGGUCUAGUCCAAUUAUCUUUGGCGUUCUCGGAAGAAAAUACAAUUGACUUAAAUGUCUUUCAAGUGUCAGGCUUGCAAUUGCAUGACGAAAAAUUAUUAGAAACGUCAAGCUUUUACUUGAAAGCAGGUAUGUACGUCAAAGGGAAAAAAGAAAAGUCGGAGAAGUCCAAGAAAAGUCCCUUGGAAGAAUCUGGUGAACUGUUCUUUGACCAUAAGUUUCGAUUCCCAAAAUUGCCCGAAAAUACUUUGGCAGACAGCAUGCUAGUGCUGAGUGUGUUGCACAAGAAUGGCAGAUUCGGCCACGAAGUUGUGAUUGGCAAAGUUGCAAUCGGACCAUACUUUUUCUUGAAAGAUGAGCAAACAGACUGGGGAAGAGUGGUUUUGGGUAAAAAGACCAUCACGUCCUGUUAUUAUUUGCAAACGAUUGAGUGAAUUCAACUUUGUUAAAACAUUUAUUGUUGCAUUUUCGUAUUAAUUUAAUAUUAUUUCAUCAAAAACGAUUAUGUGAGUAAAUAAAAACCUAAAUUACAUGAUCCUUUGCAUAAUACACAAACACUUAAGUAAUCAUCAUCUUGAUUAAUAUAACUGAAACCUUAAGUAAGUUUUAAAUUAAGAAAAUAAUACAAUCACACCGAUCACAUACAAAAUGACUAUUCAUACAAUUCUCACAUCAAUGAGAUCAA